AUGACGAUUCCAGAAGUUAUGAGCGAUCCUGCCGUCAGAAUGGUGAGAUGACGUCCUGAAAUUUAUAAGUGACGUCAAAAAAUUAAAAUAAUGACGUCGAGAAAGUGAAGAUAAUGACGUCAUAAAAGAGGAAUGACGUCAUUAAAAAGAGGAAUGACGUCAUUAAAAAGAGGAAUGACGUCAUGAAAAACGAGCAAUGACGUCAUGAAAAAGGAGUAAUGACGUCAUGAAAUUGAAGAAUGACGUCAUAAAAUUGAGGAAUGACGUUAUAAAGUUGAGAAAUGACGUCAUGAAAUUGAAGAAUGACGUCACAAACCUAAGGAAUGACGUUAUAAAGUUGAGAAAUGACGUCAUGAAAUUGAAAUAAUGACGUCAUAAUAUUGAGGGAUGACGUCAUAAAAUUGUAGAAUGACGUCAUAAAAUGAAGAAAUUAACGUCAAAAAGUGCAGAAAAUGACACCAAAAAGUGAAGAAUGACGUCAUAAGACUGAGAAAAUGACGUCACAAACGCGAAAAACUACGUAUCUAUCGCAAUAAUCUUUAAAAAAAAAAUCAAUUUUCAGUCGGUUUUCUUGGUGAUCUCCGUGGCAUUACUGAUGACAUUGAGCCCAUUUUCCGUCGAAACUUCCUUUUCUCAAGUCAUUUAUCUUGAACUUGGAAUGUCACUCGAAAUGGUGAGUUAUCCCUUAAGGGACAAUUAGAAGAUGAAAAUUUCAGAUAAAUUAUAUCAGCAGUGUUGCAUUUUUGGCAAGUCUCCUACUUCAUUUCGCCGGUUCGUUGGCGAUUGAUAAAAUCGGAAGAAGGCCGAUCGUUGGAGUCGCCGCGUUUUUCGCGUGAGUUUUAUGCUUAAGGUCGCAAAUGGAAUGGCUUGACGCGUUGCGGUCCAAAAAAGGCCUUAGGAGACUUUAUAAUCACUUCUUACUGUCAUUUAGCGCAAGUCGUUUUAGGUCGGGCGCACUUUAGAAAAACGCUUCUAGCCAUUCCCCUAACUUUAGAUGAGAUGAGAUUUUCCAAGAUAGACUCAAAAAAAUCAACUUUAAAAUCCUUUCUCAUAGAAUUUCACUACGAAAUGUUCACAAAAGCUCAUUUUUCCAUUAGAAUUUUUGAUGUUUUCUAAAAAACUUGAUGAUUCCCUGUUCAUUACAGUACUGCCCCGAGUUAAUCCCUGGUUAUAUUUCUGAAUUUUUACCUAAUUCUCAUAAUAACGAAAUUACGAAUUCCAAAAUUUCUCAUUGAAAAAAAAAAUUCAGAUAUUCAAAAACCGUCCUUCUGAUCAUCGGUCUGUGCAUCGUGUAUUUCGAUGAACCUUCUAUGGUUUCUUGGGUUGCAGGUUGGUAAUUCUAUGGAUAUUUUUGUAUACAUUGGAUCUAUAUGACUUUUUAAUGAACCUAGUUAUCAUAUUUUGCAAGAAGUUUUGAAUAAAAUGCCAAAAAUUCGUAAAAAUGGCUACUAUAGUCCAUUCACCGCGACUUGGAAGUUUUCUCGUGUCUGCGUCUCUCUGUUCCCUCGCCAGUGAGGUCAUGGAAAAAUAGGAAUAGCACAGCAAUGUGAGAGAUGCAGAGAAAAAAAGCAUUCUCAAAUCGUCAAAAACGGACUAUUUCUGGAUAUCAUGAGCCAUAUUGAAAAAUAAUUUCGGCAGUUUCAAAAUUCGCUCAAAAUUAUUUCACGACAUACGCGAAAUUGAGAUUUCGGGGUUGUUAAAUUAAUUGGGUCCUGCAACGAUAUAACGACUUUACGCGCGAAACUUGAAAUUUUUAAGUUAUUUAAAAAAUUUCCAACGUAAAUUACGGAUUUACGUGUAAACCUUACCGUUUCGUUGUAGGACCCAAUUUUUCUAAAGGGUCCCGAAACUCCGAUUUCGCGAAAAUUCGUCACUUUUGUAACAAAAAGACGAGAAAACAAACGAAAAGAGCCAAAUUUUCGGAACUCCCUUCAGCUUUUCCCUCAAAUUCGUCUACGAAAAAGAGUUCUGAAUCAAUUCUGAAAAUAUUGCAGGUUUCGCCUCACAUUUUGUCACUUUAUUAGCUUCCGCCUGCAGUUUAAUGACCCUACCAACGUUGAUUUUGUCCGAAACCGUGCCCCAAGCGGCUCAAAUCUCCGUUGCCAAGGUUUCAAAUUCUUUGAAAUCACCUUGAAACAAAAAAAAAUUUAGAUAACUUUACUGCUUCCCUACGUUCUGGGUACCCCAAUAAGCACGAUUUUCCCGGUCGUUUUUCGUCUUUUCUCGCCCGGAAUGUUCAUUUUGUUCGCCCUAGCUCAGUCUCCAGUCUUCUACUACCUGUACAGGUAUUUUCCUCUUGAUUAAUCAAUCAAUUAUCAUGAAUUAUUUCAGAAAUCUACCAGAACUUAAGCAAAAAUCGGUCGCCGAAAACGUUGAGAAUAUCGAGGAAGAAGUUCGAUCGAGGGUAUUUAAACAAAAUUUAUAAAAUGAUAUGAAUUGUUAUGAUUUCAGGCGGCAACUUUGAUGUGUACAGAGAAAAACGCCGCUCAAAAACCAGGACUUUCAGUUUUUUUAUGGAAAUUAGCAUAA